UUUCUUGCUGCGAGGGGAGAACAACAUAAAAAGGGGUUCAUGGCGGAUUGGGGGCCGGUGGUGGUGGCGGUGAUGCUGUUCGUGCUGCUGUCGCCGGGGCUGCUGAUCCAGCUGCCGGCCAGGGGGAGGGUGGUGGAGUUCGGCAACAUGCAGACGAGCGGCCUCUCCAUCCUCGUCCACGCCAUCCUCUACUUCGCUCUCGUCACCAUCUUCCUCAUCGCCAUCGGCGUCCACAUCUACGCCGGCUGACACGCCACCACCAUCACCUCCGAUGGAUGGUCAUAAUUAGGUUUGUGCUAGCUGGAUUUCUAAGAGGAGGAUGCGUUGUUGUGUCGUGUCGGAGUACGGUCAACGAAAACAUGUUCUUGGAGAUUAGCUUGAUGCCGAGCUUGAUUUGCUGUUGUUCCUCUCAUCUCGGGAGCAGUAGCUUCGGUGAUUAACGAAUGACCGGAAAGGCGUCAUCUCCUUCGGUUGUCUCUCUGGUUUAUAGUAUGUGUUUGUGGAGUGCAUCACUGCCAUCUACCAAGUUCUGAAUGAUAUAUAGAGACCGGUACUUCGAUU